AUGGACGCUGCUAUUGCUCACUUUUCCUCCGUGCCUUGGGCCGCCAAGCUGAUCAAUGAUACUGCCAAUUGGACACCAGUCCCCACCCGUGCCAUUGCAAAGAAGGCAUCCGGAGAAGAUGCAUUCUUCGCAGAGACCAUCAGUACCGAUCGAACAAUACGGGCAAUCUUGACGCUCCGGUCCAAGGAAGAGGUGGGCGAAGAGAUAGCAUACAGAGAGAUUAAAGAAUUUGUGGAUGUUGGCGACGGGCUCGAUGGCUAUCCUCAUGUAAUGCAUGGCGGCAUUACCGCCACUUUGCUCGACGAGGCAUGCGGUGCCCUGAUAAACUUCAACGCAAUGAAAAAGGUCGAACGGGCAGGAGAGGUUGGGCGCAGCAUAGAUCGACCGAAGUGGAUGACAGCCUAUCUGAACACAACCUACAAGGCCCCGGUCCCGACUCCUGGGGUCCUCCUCUGUACAGCGACCAUUGUGCGACAAGAGGGCGGCGAUCGCAAAGUCUACAUGCGUGCGACUGUCCAGGACGGCAACGGAACCGUCUGUACAAUCUGCGAGGCUUUGUUCAUCAAGAUCAAGUCGCAGCGGUUAUAG